AUGGCAAAGAGGAAACUGACAGCUCUAAAUGUACAGUUAAAGCUUAAGAUUCUAAAUGAAGUGGACCAUGGUACCGAGAAAAAAGCAAUUGCACAGCAGUUUGGAAUACCUAAAUCUACUUUAUCCACGAUUAUUAAGAAUCGAGAAAAAAUUAUUCAUGCUGCGGCAUCAGGUUCUGGAAACAAAUCUAAACGAUGUCGUACCGUCAAGUAUGAAAAAAUCGACACGAUACUGCUAGAAUGGUUCAGUCAUAUGCGUGCAUCUAACAUACCUUUAACUGGCCCUGUGAUUCAGUCAAAGGCAAAUGAUAUUGCUAAAGAUAUGAGUAUCAAAGACUUUCGUUGUUCUGCUGGUUGGUUGUCUCGGAUCCAAAGGAGACAAUCAAUUUCAUCUCUACAAAUUUGUGGUGAAGCAAAUGAAGUUGAUGAAGAAAGUGCGAACAACUGGUUGCAUGAGUUCUACCGAGUGCGGGAAAAGUAUGCCUCGUGUGAUGUGUUUAACAUGGCUGAAACUGGAUUUUUCUACAAUCUUUUUCCAAAUCACACCCUGGGGGCAAAAGGAGAUAAGUGUCACGGUGGAGCACGAAGCGAACAACGUGUGACUGUUGUACUGUGCUGUAAUGCUGACGGCAGUGAGAAGUUUCGUCCCUGGAUUAUCGGUAAAUCCGGGAAACCAAGUUGGUUUAAAAACAUAAAUAUGGACACUUUACCUUGCAUCUACUCUCACCACCAAAAAGCUUGGAUCGAUGGCACAUCAUUUGGCAAAUGGAUCUUCGUUUCAACAGGAGACAUGUUCUUCUUACGUUGA